CUAUAUAGAAGACCCCGCAAGGAAUUUCAUCUUCAGAACUGAAAGUCAGUGUCAAGGAAAGGCUACCUGGAAAUAAUGAAGAUGACUUUCAAUCAACGUGUGGCGUUAUGCUUGGUGGGUCUUGUCAUUGGACAAGCUGCUGCAUUGCCACAACAUCCCCAAUACACUCAGCAAUAUCCUCAACAGUAUCAGCAACAAGUGAGAGAUGAAAGGAAAUUUGCUGAGAAACCUAACGCUAUGAAGAAAGUUGCAAUUGAUGAUCUUGAGGACAUCAGUACCAAUCAGAUUCAAGAAGGAAGCAGCAGUGGUUUCUCUUGGUCUAACAUGUUAGGAAUGUUCAUGCAAAUGCUUCUGGGUCAGACAGGUGGAAUAACUGGACCAAGUAAAAAUGACAUAGAUGAUGGUGUACCAGCAAGUCCAUGGGCAAAUCUUCUCUCAGUUGGUCUACGAGUACUUACUGCACUUUUAGGUGGUCCACAACAACCCGUUGAUGGUAUCGACAAAGUCGAUAAUCAAAGCAGUCCCAUGCAGGAGAUUUUGACUGCGGUGUUGGGCGCGUUUCUAGGACAGGGCAGAGACCCAAAUCAGGUUGCUGUCAUGGCUAAAAAUGCUUCUGAGUUCAUCAGCAUAGUCAUGAACCUGUUGGAAGCAUUGAAAACAUCCUUCUCACAUCGUUCUUUAUCAGCACGUUCUCUUGGCAGACAUGACAGCGUUUCUGAAGCAGCAAUGGCAUCAAUCAGUAUGCUUAAAGGAUACGUAAGAUCGGUAAAAGCUUUCAGUAAUAUUGGUAGAGCCGAGGACGAAGGUCAACAAGGUUGUGCCGAAAGAGCCCUUUGCGAAGCCAGUGCCGAAUGUGCUGCUGAUGCACAAGGCACAUCAACGAUUUUCUGUCAAUUAGGAUCGUAUGCAACAAGUUACAUGUUGCAAAGGCAAAGUGGUGUUGGAUUCGAGGCACUUUAUGAUGCUGGACGACGUGGUCGUAUGGGAGAAGAUUGCAGAACUCUUUUCAUGGAUUGUAAUGUCGCAUGAACAAACAAAUUUCCCAUAAAAAACGCAAUUUAAACUUUCGCAGAUACCUUUCGAAAUUUAUUUCAUAAAAAAUAGAAAAAGAAAAUACAUAGAAAAAG